CUGCUGCGCUCCAGGAGCACAACCCUGCGCCGGAACUUCAGCAAAGAGAAGUCGGGAUCCGCGGAGAUGCCUUCGGCUUCGUCGGCGGUGGGGAGGCUGCAGGCGGCGGCGCAGGACGCCGCCAACUCCUCCUCCUCCUCCUCCUCCUCGCGCUCCGCCUUCUCCGACCAGCUCCUCCUGCCCAGGGAGGCAGGACGGAUGGUGUCUCUGUCGGCUUGCGCGAAGUUCGGCGCUGUCAGCUUUGUGGUUGGCGUCGUGGUUGGCUUCACCCUGAAUAAAAGGCUGCGCCGGUGGGCUGCCAAGCUGCUCAAGAGAAUUAAGGACGAUAACUAGCAAAGCUAGCAGAAUUAAUCUCAAAAUUUUGUUGGCAAGUGUGCUCUAGUUACCUCUGUAGUAACCUCAAGUUGGAUCUCCUUACUGCUUGGAUCAACUGUGAUGGAUACAACAUAGUCGU